CUCAUUUCGGCGGAUCUAAAUGGCUCUUUAUGGGUAGAGCCCGUCACACGUGUGACCUCUCCGUUAGUCAGGGCUCCUUAUAGCGGGAUAUUAUUACCAUCACGCCCCCUUCCUUUUCCGUCUGCCGGUCCAGCCUCCUGCGCUCCUCGUCGGGCUCCUCUUCCACACCUCCUAAUGUCCUAUGAAUGAACGUCCGUCACACUUUUGUUUUGAGCGCCUCCAUCAAGAAAUAAGUCACCCGGGUUAUUUUUUUUUUUUUACUGACGUCCGCGCUGAUCAGUCAAACUUCCGAAGUGUACUUGGGGAGAAAAUGACGGCCAAGCACCGGAAAGGGAGAGGUAACAACAAACAGGAGGAGAACUCCUUCAAGCACGAAGCCCCGGAGCGCGACCCCCGGCGUGGAGGCGCUCCUGCGAUUCUGUCCGUCCUGCUCCUCACAGUCCUGAUCGGGGGGGCGAUCGUGGCGUGGUUCUGCCUCCAGCAGCAUCAGACUUCUGCCAACCUGGCUGACACCUUAGUGGGCAUGCAGAUGAAGAUGGUGAAGCUCCAGGCGCUACAGGAGGAGGUGCGGAUGACCGCCGACAAGCUCCUUACUCUAGAUGGACUUGAAAACCGAAUCCAGGCACUGGAGGAAGUUUGUUCACAGGUCCAGAAGAAGUUGGGACCGGCAGUGACCUCUGACCUCCCCAGCCAGGUUCUCGCCCUCCGUGCCGAGGUGACGCAGCUGGUGGAGUGGCGACAGGAAGCGGCGACCCCGGAGCAGCUGAAGGAGGUACGGAGGACUCUGGAGGCGAGGACAGAGGAACUGGAGAGCAUGAGGAGCGAACUGGAAGCUCUGAAGGCUUUGCACGCGGAGCUGGUCGAAGGAGAUCCAGCCGGGUGGAGAUUCGGGCGGAAGGAGCACGCCAAGGGCUCUGAAGAUCUGACCUCCCUGCUGGAGCUUCACACGGUGGAGGUCACCAAUCUCAGGAGGCUGCUGGCCCGGCACAAAGCCCAGCUUGAUGCCGCCACACGGGACAUCAACGAUGUGAGAGAGCUGCUGGGGGACAAACCACAGUCCCAAACCAAGGCCUUGCAGGAUCAGCAUGACCUGCAGAGCGAGAAGCAGGGCACUGCCACCCAGGACCUCCAGGCGGCGGCCCAGGCCCAAGUGGAGACCAAUCAGAACCAGAUGGGUGAGCUGGAUGUGGCUGUCGUAGAGGAUUUCCCUUCUGAGGAGUCAGUGGUCUUGAUGCCUGAGGAAGAACAGUCCGAUCAGCUAGUGAAGGAGGAAGAGGAAAUGGCACACAUAGAGUUUGCCCCUGAGGAAGAAGGUCCACCAGGAAAACUGGAGGCACAGGGGCAAGAAGUCGUUAUGACAAAGGAGAAAGAGCUAGGGGUUAUGGAGGAGCAGGAGAUGGACGUGAAAGAGGAGCAAGAACUAGGGGACACCAAGCAGGAGGAGGAGGUGACAGAGGAGGAGGAGCUGGGGGACACCAAGGAGGAGGAAGAGGUGACAGAAGAGGAGGAGCUUGCAAACAGUGAGGCAGAGGAAGAGCUUGGAGACACUGAGGGGGAUGAAGAGCCGGAGGACACUAAAGAGGAAGAGGUGACAGAUGAGGUGGAAUUUGGAGACCGUGAAGAGGAGGAAGAGCUCGGGGACAUGGAGGAGGAGGAAGAAGAGAAGGAGGUGAUGGAGGGCAAGCUGAAAGACAUGGAGGAGGAUGAGCUUGGGCACUUUGAAGAGGAGGGAGAGGAGGAGGUGAUGGAGGAAGAAGAGCUAGAGGACAUUGAGGAGGAAGAAGAGCUGGAGGAUACUGAGGAGGAGGAAGAGCAGCUAAGGAAUAUAGAGGAGGACAAGGAAGUGACAGAGGAGGAAAAGUUGGAAGACAGAGAGGAGGAACUUGGGCAUUUUCAAGAGGAGGAUGAGGAUGAAGUGAUGGAGGAGGAAGAGGAGCUAGAGGACACUGAGGAGGAAGAAGAACUGGAAGACACUGAGGAGGAGGAUGAAGAGCUUGGGAAUACCAAGGAGGACAAGGAGGUGACAGAGGAGGAAGAACCUAAGCCUGCUGACAAACAGGUAAAGAGGAAAGAGGAGAUGAUAGAAGAACAAGCAGCGGGUGAAAUGAGAGUGGUGAAGAAGGAAGAGGAGGAGGAACAGGAUGACACACAGGAGGAAGAGCUGGGGGAGGAAGAGAAAACCACAGAAGAACUAGAACUGGAGGAGCGCAAGGUCCACGAGGAGGAGAUCAUGGAGGAGCGGGUAACUCCAGUUGGGGAGGAGGAGCAAGAAGCCCCUGAAUCAGGCACUAAAGAGGAGAAGCAGAAGAAGAUGGCAGCGCAGGAAAAGAAAGAGCAAUAGGGAGGAGGAUACAGCGCAAAUGAACAAGAAUCUAGAGAAUCAGAAGCUGUUAAAAAGCGUUAGUCUUCCAAAGACAUCACCUGCCCCUCGCUCGCUGGAGACGAUGGAUAUGAAGCAGCCAUUUGCACUGCAUGGGACAGCUGUUGCGCUUUGCAACUUUGAACUUCAAUCAACUGUGUGAAUGGAGCAUAGGGGUCUGAAAGGGUUCAAAUCAGGGUUUCGUGCAUCAACGACAGCCCUGAAAGCCUUAAUCCUUUGUGAGAAACCGGAACAUUCUUCCACAGUGAACAGUCAUGAUUAUUUCCACUGAAUGUGUCUGAGUAGGACAGUACUCAUUUCCACCACUGGAGGGCAGUGUAAAGGCACGAAUGUUGCAUGUGUUAAUUAGAACACAAGCUUUCUUGUGAUAACCGGAUGACAGUCUAUUUUUGACUGUAGGAGAGGUUAUGGAGAAACGCAUUUCUGUGUAAAUAAUGUACUAAUGUACUACAAAACACUCAUGAAAAGCGCCUUGGGGCGACUCCAUUGUGAAAGGCGCUAUAUAAAAAUAAAUUGAAAUGAACUGAAUUUGCCCAAACUCAA